AUGAGUGUAGAACGCCAAAUUCCAAGCACACAAGACUUCAACAGAAGACCUAUUAUCAAGAACCAUAAAUGCAAGUUAGUCGCCAAAGUAACAGACGACAGUGUGGAAACAGACUUGCGACAGCUGUACAGCACUGAAUUUCUCAAUCAUCAGUCGUUUGAAGUUGAGGGCGGUGAAGGGGCGCAUAUGUCAUGUCUGUGUGGUGUCGACCAGAUGCUAACGGUGAACGUCUUUGAAGGUGUCGAGACUCUCUAUGAUGGCUUCAAAAGGGGACUUCAGCUCUCAGGUGACAGACAGUGUCUCGGUUGGAAGGAGGAUGAAAAGCCUUACCAGUGGUUGACAUAUAAGGAGGUCGAUGCCAGAGCUACAGUGUUCGGGGCGGGGCUGGUCCAUCUGGGAUUGCCCCAGGACAAUGAAACCCAUGUGGGCAUCUACUCUCAGAACAGGGUAGAGUAUGUGAUCUGUGAUCUAGCGUUCUACCAUCACUCCCUAACCGGUGUACCCCUGUACGACACACUGGGAGAGGAUGCCUGUAUUUUCAUCAUCAACCAAGCGGACUUGGCGGUGAUCAUCUGUGACACCAACGCCAAGGUGAACAAGUUGCUGGCUGCACAUUUGAAGGUGCCAGUUAUGAAGACCCUGAUCGUCUUUGAUGAGAUCAGCCAAGAAAACAAGACUUUGUCCAAGAAGAUCGGCGUGAAAAUGUUGCAGUAUGACGAAGUUAUGAAACUGGGAAAAGAACACCCUGUGGAUGAUAAACCUCCAAAACCCAGCGAUUUAUGUAUGGUUUGUUACACUAGUGGUACAACAGGUACACCUAAAGGUGUCAUGCUGACACACGGAAACAUAAUGGCCUGUGUGUCUGGAGGUCUCAAAGUCUUGGAGGCAGCGGAUAUCGGAUUCACAGUCAACGAUUGCCUGAUUUCUUAUCUGCCAUUGGCUCACUCCUACGAACGGGUGAUGGAGGCGGCAGCGCUAAUGAAUGGUUCUCAAAUUGGGUUCUUCAGGGGCGAGAUCAAGAAACUUAUGGACGACAUCAGAGAACUGAAACCCACGAUCUUUCCUUCGGUGCCCAGGCUGCUCAAUCGGUUUCACGAUAAGAUUAUGGCUGGUCUGAGUGGAAACAAGGUGAAGAAAUUUCUCUUCGAUAAAGCGCUGGGCAGCAAGAUCAGCGAACUCAAAAGUGGCUUCAUACGAAACAAUAGCAUAUGGGACAAGCUCGUCUUCCGUUCAGUCCAGAAUGCAUUAGGGGGCCGUGUGCGGGUCAUCACCACAGGGUCGGCCCCAAUAUCGGGCAAUGUGCUCACAGUUAUCAGAUGUAUCGUGGGCUGCCCUAUAAUUGAAGGCUACGGGCAAACAGAAUGCUCUGGUGUGUGUUCGAUGACUCUUGUCGGCGACUGCGAACCAGGUCAUGUAGGCCCACCACUCCCCUGUAACAUGGUCAAGCUGAUUGACGUCCCCGAGAUGAAUUACUUCAACAAAGACAACCAAGGAGAGAUUUGUGUGUCUGGACCGAAUGUGUUCCGAGGCUAUCUCAAGGAUGAGGAAAAGACGAGGGAAGCUCUAGAUGCUGCUGGCUGGUUACUUACUGGCGACAUUGGAGAAUGGCUGCCUAACGGAACUCUGAAAAUAAUCGACAGAAAGAAGCACCUUUUUAAACUGGCUCAGGGAGAGUACAUAGCUCCAGAAAAGAUCGAAAAUAUCCUGGUGCAGUCGCCCUGGGUGGCUCAGGCCUAUGUCCAUGGGGACAGUCUGCAGUCGUUCCUUGUAGCGAUUAUCGUGCCAGAUGUGGACACUCUAGCCAGUCUUGCCGGCCAUCGGGGAAUUCACGGCCAGUUCGAGGAGCUGGUGAAUAACCAGGAAAUCAAACAACAUAUCCUGAAAAAUCUCACAGAAGUAAGCAAGAUGAACGGCUUAAUUUCCUUUGAGCAG